ACUGAGUGCAUGCAGCAUAGCUGGCGUCCAAAGCUUCAAAUAAGUCAAAAUCAAUAUCCAGACGAGGAAAUUAUAGCGUCUACAAUGUUCGAUAUUGUAUUCGACGUAGUUGCAUGGAAUCAUUAGAAUGGGUCAUAAUACAAUUCAACAGUGUUUACAUUUUUUUAAGCCUAAUCCAAGAUCUAUGAUACAAAAAAAAAUGGUCAAAAAGUCUUCUAUUAUAAAAACAAAUAUAGAGUUACAAAAGGCGGAAAUAUCAUUUCACUGUUACCUAGGAAGUUCAACACCACUCUACAAGUUAUUGUUUGCUUCCAUUAUUGGCCUGGCAUAAGGCUUUGCCGACUAUUUUUUCUGGUUUCUGUUGUUAUAUGCAGCGAAUGUAUUUUCAGUCAUGCUUUGCGCCCAAGCAUUACUCUUGACCGAAACGUCGUGCGACGCACAUUAGGACGUCUGUUCGCUUGCUGUUGAGCGCAGUGCUAAAGCGUGUCUAGUACAUAUCUCUAUUUGUAAGCACUUUACAAUCAUUGCUACUCUAGUGCAACUGUGCAUUUCAUAUUUUCAUCAGCAUGCUUCUUAAUAUGGUGAAAUUAGUGAACCACUGCAUGACUGCCAACAGAAAUUUCUGAUGCUAUCAUAUAAAAUGUGCUGUGUGUAUGAGAGAAAAAAAAAUAAACUAGAAAUGUGAAUAAGAAUUUUUAAAUUUGCAAAAACGUGUACAUCCGCGUAAAUAAAUCUAAGAGCAGUACUCGAAACCAUUGUAAAAAAGUAUUUAGUUGUUUGCGUUGUGAUGUCAGUAUUUUAAAUAAUACUAAAAGAAAUGCUAGGUACUUCUCAACUGAGGUAGUAAUGUAAUCUAAAACUGGCUGGUUGUCACGUGGAGGUUAUCUACGAGGAUGGAGGGAAUACAGAGCGGUGUGGUGAAAUGUGGCGGAUAUAGAUAUGAUGACGGGACACGGUAUAUCGGAGACUGGAAUCAUCGUGGCCAAAAACACGGCAUGGGCUCAAUGAUGUUCUCCGACGGAACACGCUACGACGGAGCGUUCAGUAAUGGAGUAUGCUCAGGAUUAGGAGUCAUGUGUUUUCCGGAUGGUGCUAAAUACGAAGGAGAGUUUAUGCAAGGCUGGUUCCAUGGACACGGAGUUUUCUGGCGAUCUGAUGGCAUGAAAUACGAAGGCGAAUUUCGAGGCGGGCGCAUUUGGGGUCUCGGUUUAAUUACCUUCAGUGAUCAGAGUCACGGGUUUCCAAGGAACGAGGGAUUUUUUCAAGAUUGCCGUUUAGUACGCAAAAAGCGCUGCCCGGAGGUGAUUCAACGUGCCCAGAAAGUUGCUUUAAUGGCAAGGGCGCAAUGUGAUCAGGGGAACUAAUCUAUCAAAUGGCCAUACAUUGUAUACAUUAUGUAAUUAUAAUUUUAUUGUUUAUAAACUAACAA